CAGUUGUGUCACAACUACGUAGUACAUUUCUUUUUCUCUCUGUUGCUCUUUCUCUUUCCAGGGCAUCUAAACCUUAAUGAUGUUUCUCUUUUCAUUACUGUUUCGUACAAAUUAAAUAUGCCAGCAGUUUUCUUCUUCCUCAUUCUCAAAUGCCUUUCAUCAUUGAAUAUUUCUGUGCCUCAUAAAUCUCUUUUGCCUAGUAGCUCAUUUCUAAUCUCACCAUUAUAUUCUCAUUGGGUUUUGUACCUUUGCUAUCAAUAUGUGUAUACCCUGCUACUAACUGACAUCAUAUAGAAGACUACUACGCUUUCAGAUACUCAUUAUGAGAUAAGCACAGUGCAAAAUGUAUGCAUGUAUGUCUGUAUAUGGACUUUCUGAUGCAAGGCUCACAAUAAUGACAGAUACCUCAUUGAAGGCUGUAUGUCCAAAACAGUAUUCUCAGGUAAUAUUACUGACUUCUCCUGGAAAGCAACAUGAAUCCAACUCUGGCUCCCACUUCAUUGGCCUCAACAAACUCAUCUUUACCUGAUUCCUCUGGAAAAUGCUGUCAUAAAUACAAAAUUUUCAGUGUUGUUUACAUUAUUGUUUUUAUAUUUGGAUUUACAGCAAAUGUUUUGGCUCUCUAUGUUUUUAUAAAGUUGAGGCACAAAAGGAAUGCCAGUAAUACACUCAUGGUGAAUCUUUCCAUCUCUGACCUCUUGUUUUCCUUAACUCUUCCCAUCAGGAUUACUUAUUAUUUCACAGAGGGCACUGUUAAUUUAGGCAACAUUACGUGCGCUAUCAGCACAUAUAUCUUUUACCUUAAUAUGUACACCAGCAUCUUUUUCCUUAUGACAUUGAGCAUUUUUCGUUAUAUAGCUGUCAUCUAUGAAAUUAGGGCCAAAGAGAUCCUGACAGUGAGAAGGGCCACCAUUAUUACCAUUGCAAUUUGGAUUAUUGUGGCCUCAGCUACCACACCAGUUUUUUUUUCACCUUUGCAAGGUAAUGGAAGUCACUGUUUUGAAAUUAAAAAUGAGAAUGACAAGGAAAAUUUCAGAGUUAUGAACUAUAUUGGUCUACUGGGGUUUGUACUACCAUUUCUUAUUAUCAUUGUAUGUUAUGGUUGCAUCAUCCGCCAAUUAAGAGCUAGUGGACGUCAGAGUCUGUUAAAGGGACGGAGUACAGUGCCACAGCAUAAACAAUCAAGGAGAAAUUCACGGUCCAUUGCCCUGGCUGCAGUUGUGCUGUUGGUCUUUCUGUUUUGCUUUUUGCCUUACCACAUCCACAGAACUGUAUACUUACACCAAGACAAGGAACACACAACUGACUGUAGCUGUAAUACUAUUAACACAUUUAGCAUUCUUACUAUGUGCCUAGCUGUUGCAAACUGCUGCAUCGACCCACUUAUUUACUAUUUUCUGUCAGGAAAGUUCUGCAGCUUUCUUAAAUUUCCAAGGAAAAGAAAUGAAUCUGCAUAUUUACAACAAAACAACUUAGGACUUAAUGUUUUAAGACUCUCCUAAACCUGUCAAAUUUCUAAAAAGCAUUCAGAAUAACUAGAAAAGCUAUGAAAAUUAAAACACUUUUUAUAAAGUUUUAAAUAAUAAAAAUACACUUUUGAAGAAUAUUAUCACUUUAACACUGACUUUUGCAUGUAAAGCUGAAAAGAAAACCUUAAUUUACUUAUACAUUCUAUGAAGGUGAUUAUAAUAAAACUCAAUAAGAAUUGUAUUAAUUGAAAUGACUUAUUUUAUUAUUAUGCUGUAUACAGUACAUCUGAGAGUUAGAUUUUUGCAUCAAGAAUCACUGAUUUUGUGAUACUUCAGUUAUUUCUGAAACAGCACCACUCGUUCAUUCAUUACUGUCAUUCUCUGGCAUUCUGUACACCUAAUAAAAGGUUGGACUAUUAGAUAAAAUAAUUUCUUACCUACCAUUGGUAGGAUAUUUCCCUUUUAUAUUUGUCAGAUUGGUCAAAUUUAUUUUGUUUUUCUGAACUUAUUGUUUAUUUCCUAGUUCCAAAAUAGCUAAUUACUGUGCAGAUUGGGAAGAAUGGACCUGGCGUGGAUCACCUGAUCGGGGGGGGGGGUUGUUUUGCUCCUAAACUUAGAGUUGAAGGGUUCCAGAAUGAGGAGUGGCACUGUGCACCUGAUGACCUAGCUACAGCUCUGUUCAUAACCCAAUGGGUUAAUUUGUGAUUGACCAUCCAAUUGUUCAAACUGAUUUUGAACUCAGGCAAAGUAUUACAUUGCUGGAUGUGCAGAGAAACCUAAUUCUGUAAGUAGACAAUUUGUUGUAUUAGGAGUCUGGUUUGUAUUUAUGUCUCAGAAAUUAUUAAAGUCUUUGGUGUAGGCA